CCUGAGCCCGGGUGGAGCCCAGUGUGCCGCCUCGCCUGCCCCGCCGCUGCCCCGCCGCUGCCCCGCCGCCGGCCCGCCCUCACCCGCGCCCGCGCCCGCGCAGAAUCCCUGCCGAGUCCGCGCGGAGCCGUCAAGAUGGGUGAGUCAAAUGAAGACAUAGACCAAAUGUUCAGCAAUUUGCUGGGGGAGAUGGAUCUUCUGACCCAGAGUUUAGGAGUUGACACUCUUCCUCCUCCGGACCCCAAACCACCCAGAGCUGAAUUUAACUACAGUGUGGGUUUUAAAGAUUUAAAUGAGUCCUUAAAUGCACUGGAAGACCAAGAUUUAGAUGCUCUCAUGGCGGAUCUGGUGGCAGAUAUAAGCGAGGCUGAGCAGAGGACAAUUCAGGCACAGAAAGAGUCCUGUCAGAAUCAGCAUCAUCCAGCAUCCCUGGAGGUACCAGAUUUCAGCGGGGCAGCGGCUCUUGGUUAUGGAGCAAGUGUUGCUGCCGUUAGUGUUAGCCAAUAUGAGGAUGACUUACCACCUCCACCAGCUGAUCCCAUGUUAGACCUUCCUCUGCCACCACCACCUCCUGAACCUCUCUCUCAGGAAGAAGAAGCAGCCCAAGCCAAGGCUGAUAAAAUUAAGCUAGCAUUGGAAAAACUGAAGGAGGCCAAGGUCAAGAAGCUUGUUGUCAGGGUGCACAUGAAUGAUAACAGCACUAAGUCACUGAUGGUGGAUGAGCGGCAAUUGGCCCGAGACGUUCUAGACAACCUUUUUGAGAAAACCCAUUGUGACUGCAACGUAGACUGGUGUCUUUAUGAAAUAUACACAGAACUGCAAAUUGAAAGGAUUUUUGAAGACCAUGAAAAUGUUGUUGAAGUCUUAUCAGACUGGACAAGAGACACAGAAAAUAAAGUGCUGUUUCUGGAGAAAGAGGAAAAAUAUGCUGUAUUUAAAAACCCCCAGAAUUUUUACCUGGAUAACAAAGGAAAAAAAGAAGGAAAGGAAACAAAUGAGAAAAUGAAUGCUAAGAACAAGGAAUCCUUACUUGAGGAAAGUUUCUGUGGAACAUCCAUCAUUGUGCCAGAACUUGAAGGAGCUCUUUAUUUGAAAGAAGAUGGAAAGAAAUCCUGGAAAAGGCGCUAUUUUCUUUUACGGGCUUCUGGAAUUUAUUAUGUACCCAAAGGAAAGACUAAGACAUCUCGAGAUCUGGCAUGUUUUAUACAGUUUGAAAAUGUCAACAUUUAUUAUGGGAUUCAGUGUAAAAUGAAAUAUAAAGCACCCACUGACUACUGCUUUGUUUUAAAGCAUCCCCAAAUUCAAAAGGAGUCCCAGUAUAUCAAAUAUCUCUGCUGUGACGACGCGAGAACCCUAAACCAGUGGGUCAUGGGAAUAAGGAUUGCCAAGUAUGGAAAGACUCUCUACGAUAACUAUCAGCGGGCUAUGGCGAGAGCCGGGCUCGCCUCCCGGUGGACAAACCUGGGCACUGUGAGCGCGGGACCACCAGCUCCACCGGCCCCACCUGCUACAGGACUUAAAAUAGGAACCACCCAGGCCAAUGGUCAGAUUCCCCAGGCUGCACAUUCUGUUAGCGCUGUUCUCGAAGAAGCCCAGAGGCAUGCAGAAACAACUAAGGACAAGAAGCCAGCCCUUGGUACCCACGAGCCAGGAGUGCCGAGGGCGCACCAGCUUCCCAAGGCCAGCCUGCCGCCGCCCCCGCCCUUGCGGCGGUCGUCAGACUCCUGCAGCAGCCCGAAGACAUCCGCCAGGGUCAAGGGCCCGGGCGGCGGCUUCCCGGCCCCGCCCGACGACUCUCUGCCGCCCCCCCCGCCGCCGCCGCCCCUGGAGGACGGCCAGCUCCCUCCGCCGCCCCCCGAUUUCAACGACGCGCCCCCGGACUUCGUGCCUCCCCCACCGCCGUCGUUCGCAGGGGAUGCGGGCUCUCCGUUGCCGCCCCCGCCCCCGCCCCCACCUGCACCUGCCCCCGAAGCCGCGAAGCCGCCCGCCCUUGGCGUCAAAAGACCUCCAGUCCCCCCGAAGAGGAAAGAGAACCCAGCGCCGCCCGGCGGGGGAGGCAGCGGAGAGCAAGAUUUCAUGUCCGAUCUCAUGAAAGCUUUGCAAAAGAAAAGAGGCAACAUAUCCUAAGGGAAACGGAUCAGUAUCUUCUUGUGAUGGGCAUAAUCACUUCUCACCUCAAGUGCAUUUUUACUACUUUAUUUCCGUGACAUCUUGUUCAUUUUCGAUAAAAUAUUGACCCAUUCAGACGAGAAAUGAUGUAAAAUGUCUCACCGUAGCUCAGAUACAUUCAUAACCAUUAACCUAACACAGAAGUUAGUCUCUGCUAAAUGUACAUAUCUUAACUGUUUCCACUUCUGUGAAUGCAUCUUCCCUUCCAAGUUAACUAAAAAUUUUUUAUGUUCCUUUAUCUUACUAUGUUCAGAAGCAUCAAAUUAAUAAAAGUUAAAUUUUUUUUUCUUGGAGAUGAUACUUCUAAAAAUAUCAGUGUAUAUAAAUCUAUUGUGAUAUCGACGCCAUGUUACAAUAUACUUGACCUUUUGAAAUAGCUUUCAAAAGUCGUGGGCCUUCUAAAGUAUUGUUGAUCUUGGAGAUAUUUUCCAUCUCCACCCCCAUGACCUUCAGAAUUUUCUGAAAAAUCGAAAGAGAAAAAAGGAAAAAACAGGAGAGGCAAAGUGAAUUCAGUUUCUUUGAGACUCAUGGCUUGAUUGAUGGGGGUUCUGGACAUAUACUGUUUUGGUUUUGGUUUUCCAAAGGUCAAAUAACAUAGUAAUGAAGAAAAGAGAUAUGUAGAGUUUGGGGAUUCUCUGUUAUUACACUGCUGUAAGUACACUAUAAAUUAAAAUUUAGAGACAGGAAAAGGCAGUCAUUUAUCUCUCAGAUAAAUUUGAUGCUCAAUUUUAAUAGCCAAUUUAUCUUGAGUUCCUGUUACCCUAUCUCACUUCUCUUUCAAACUAACUUCUGGGAAUCCUUUUAGAUUUUCUGAGCUUUAUUUCCAUGGUUCUGUUUUUUCUUUUUAAUUGUGAAACACCUCAAAAUCUUUUUUUUUUUUUUGAAGUAUAAUUAACACACAAUGUUACAUUAGUUUCAGGGGUACAACAUCGUGGUUCGAGAACUCUGUAUGUAACGGCUGUGCUUACCACAAGGUAUUACAAUAUCAUUGACUAUAUUCCUUAUGUUGCGCCUUUUAUUCCUGUGACUUAUUCAUUCCAUAGCCGGAAGCCUGUGUCUCCCCCUCCCCUUCACCCAUUGUGCCCAUUCCCCCACCCCACCCCCUCUCCUCUGGCAACCAUCAGUUUGUUCUCUGUAUUUAAGGGUCUGUCUCUGCUUUUUUUUGCUUAUUGAUUUUUUUUUUAGAUUUCACGUAUGAGUGAAAUCUUACAGGAUUUAUCUUUCUCUGGCUUAUUUCACUUGGCAUAAUAUCUUCUAGGUCUAUUCAUGUUGCUGCAAAUGGCAAGAUUUUAUUCUUUUUUAUGGCUAAUAUUCCUUUGUGUAUAUAUAGCACCUCUUCUUUAUCCAUUCAUCUGUCUGUGGCCACUUACUUUGCUUCCAUAUCUUGGCUAUUGUAAAUAAUGCUGCAAUAAACGUAGGGGUGCACCUAUCUUUUAGAAUUAGUGUCUUCGUUUUCUUUGGACAAAUAGUAGAGGUAUCACUGCAUCAUACGGUGUUUCUGUUUUUGUUUGAGGAACCUCCAUACUGUCUUCCACAGCAGCUGCACCAGUUUACCUUCCUACCAACAGUGCACAAGGGUUACUUUUUCUCCACAUCUCAAAAUCUUCUUAAAGCAGAUAGAAAAUAAAUAAUAACUCAUAUGUUACUUUCUACUUAAGGAAGAUGAUUAAUCUUUUUUUUCAAAUUAAACAGGUUUAUUGGAAAUAUGCAUUAUAAUCUUCAGAGGAAAUUACAUGCAGCAUUUUACAAAUGUAUUUGACAGCGAAGCUUUCUGCAAAUAAACACAUUACACCAUCUAAGUGAAGAUGAUUAAUCUUAUGUUUUAAUAUUUGGGGGGAAGUAAGCUCUAAAUUGACAUUACAGAAAGGCAAAUUCAGAUCUUAAAGCCAAAAUAUUUAGUAAUUAAAAUUAAUGAGGUGCUCUACACUUUUCCUAAGCAUGUUCCUAAAAUAGGAUAGAAGAUAAAUGCUUUACAUUAAAUGUCUCCUCAUGCACAGUAACCCUUUCCUGUUUGUUUUUGUUUUAUGAUGAUCUUUGACGCCAGAUGCAUUAAAAACACAACUUUUCUGAGACCUGAGGAAAGCCUGAUCAUUAUGCAGAUCUCUAGGACAAUACAAGAAAGGUGUUAAUGGCAGAAUUUUCUUAGGAACUGAUUUGGAGAUGGAGAGCUCACAGAGGAAAUGUAGAACAGAAUGUCUGUGGCCACACAGAAUUGUCCAGGUUGCUUCAACCUGACAUAGGUUAAUGAACCAAGCCUGUGAGGUUCAGGACAAAAAGUUGUUCGUUAGAAUUACCUGGAUCUUACUUGCUUUGUUCAAAAUGACCACCUAGUUUGCAGAUGAGGAAACGCAUUAGUACUUGAGAAGAGUAAUUUAGAAUUCAGUGCCUCUGCCAUCAAAAAAAUAAUAAUCCUUUGCCGACUGGAUUUCAGAGUAUAAAAACCUUGAUGGCACUUCCCAGCCAUGUCUAGAGCAGGAAGCAAACACAUUCUCCAUCCCACAGCCACAGAAUCGCCAAGAUGAAGGGACCCUGGAAACGACCCACUACAUUAAUUAGGAUCAUGACUUUACAUGACAAAGACCCUGGAGCAAUCUUAAGCAAAGAGUAGGACUUAAUUACACAAUUCCGAGGAGCAGAAUGCCAGUACCCAAGGCUACAUGUGCCCCUAGACUAUUGCACAGGACCUAGAACUGGUGCCUGGAAAUUCAUAGCUUUCCCCUCUCAUCUCUGCUCCUGUCCAUACACUUGCCUCCUUGUCCCUCUCUUUGCAAACAUUGUUACUCUCUUUGUGUUGACACUCCACCUUUCGGUUCCUAUGGUGGAAGACAGUUUCACUUUCCAACUGCUGAAUUUCUCUUUGCAUCUGUCUAGAGGCCAGGAUGGACUGGCAGUCUACCUUUUAGCCCCAACUGGGAAAAUUCGCUAAAAGAGAACCUCAUUGGCCUGAGUGAAUAAAGGGUCAUUGCUCAGCCAAAUCAUUAGUAGCCAGAACAUAACACCAGAGGUACUGGGACCCAUCACUGUGGAUCAAGAAGGCUGAGAGAGGAGGAUGAAGGCACUGAAGAGGGCAGAGGGAGAGCUGUGGUUGUUAUGGGCUUCACAGAAGACCCAAAAAAUGUCACUUCAAACAUAUUCCUAACUUAACAGAGAGAAAUCGGGCCUGACAAUGUGCUUAACCUAGAUCCCACCGAGCUGGGUUACAGCCCCAGUUUUGUAACUCCCAUCCAUACCAUACCUUUCCUCUACAAGGGAAAAAAUAUAUAAAAAUUCAAACAUUAAAAUGUUUGUUUUAACAUUUGAUAAUAUGAAUUUUAGGAAAGCUCCCGAAGAGAAUUAACUGAUUUUGUGGUCAAAGUGUUGAUAGUUUUAGUGAACCAAAGGGUUGAAUACAUUGUGUGUGUCUAGUCUUUGCCUGUGUGGUGGGCCCACUUUGAUCUCUGUUAUCCAAGAAAGAAUCCUUUGUUAAGGUCUUUUCAGUCAGGAAUUUUAGAAAUUGGGGCUGCUUUUGCCUCAUCUUGGGGCAGAAGUUUGCUUUCAUUAGGCCCAAGCACCAGAUCAGGAGCUCUGUGUGAUUUUCACUCAAGUGGAACAGAAUCUCUAGUGUCUAGCAGAAAGGUCUUCACAAACACUACUUAUACAUGAGUCUACUUAGGUCAGCCUUGAAAAUGCACCAAAAUCUGUUCCCCUUUCAUGAAAAGCUUAGCCACAAAUUUGGAUGUGAGGGAAGUACCAUCUUUGGGGUGGAGCCAUCGAGGAAGGAACUGUGGGAUUAAGACAGUAAUCCUGUAUCAUAAUUUAUAAUAAUUACAGAAUUUCGUGUAUAAUGUUGCCAACAGGACAAAGACCCAGGUAAUAGGAUAACUACGAAGCAAAACAAAACACAGGGUUUGAUCAAGUUUACAAGAAACAAGAUUUAACAUGCCAGGAGACAGACUCUCCUGCUUUCAGCGGGUCUCAGAGGGAAAUGAACAUUUAAGCUUCUACUGUGUGAUUUACAUAUUUUAUUUAGUCAUAGAAACAAUGGCUGGUAUGAUACUGAAACUAUCAAACUCAAUGAUAACUGAGCCUUUGAAAUUUGAGAUUUUUUGGCUUGAUAUAUGGUCAGUUUUUAUAAAUGACCCACAUGUGUUUAGGUACAAUGUACUGUAAAUGUUGCUUAGAAUAGCCUUGCUAAGCAUGUGGCUCAAGGCUUCCACAGCCUAAUAUGUAGUCUGCUUGUUCCAUCAACUACUUGGAAGAAUGUGUUAAAAUCCCCUUUGAUGAAGGUGGAUUUUUCAAUAGCUUCUAAUUGUUCUGGUAAAUUCUGCCUUACAUAUUCUGACACUUAAUAUUAAGUAUAAACAAAAUUUAUUUGUAUAUUUUCCUGGCAAAUUGAAUGGUAGACCUCUGUAUACUGCUCUUUGCUUGGUAUAUUCAUACGGCUGUACCAUCUCUUUUUGGUUAUUUGCCUGAAAAAUCUUUCUAUCCAUUUAUUGUCAAACUUUUUAUAUCAUGAUAUUUUAGGUUUGCCACUUGUAGAUGGCAUAGAAGUGGAUUUUGUUGUGUUUAUAUCUAGUCCAGCCACCAUUGUCUUUUAACUGGCAAAUUUAUUUUUUUAACCUUUACUGUGAUGAUUAUAUGUAUAAGUCUUAUUUUGUACUGUUUUUAAUAUCUUAUUUUGUACUUUCUAUUAUCUGGAUUUUUCUGGGGCUUUUGUCUUUCUAUCUUUUCAUGUAACUAAGGAUUUUUUCCCUUACUCCAUUUUGAAUCUUAUUGGAAAGUUAUACACUCUGUUUUUAUUCUUUCAGUGGCUACCUAUAAGUGACAAUAUCAUACUUAAGAAGGUCUAAAGUUAAACAGCUUUAACCAGGACAAUACAAGACUUGAGAACACUUUAAUUUCAGUCAUACACACAAACACACACACACACUAUAUUGUCCAGUGUUUGAAUUCUGUCUCAGGGUUGUUUUUUUUUCCUAGAAUGUCUUUAUUACACACUCAUUCUUGAAAGAUGGUAUCACUGUAUAUAAAAUUCUGGAUUGGCUGUAGAUAAACUUUAGUAAAUACCAAAGAACAGUGAGUUAUUUGAGAAUGUUGUCCCCCUAUCUUCUAGCUUCCACUGAUGCUGUUGAGAAGUUGGCUGUCAAAUUAUCAUUUCAUUUUGGUCAUCUUUUUGUUCCCUUUCUGGAUGAUUUUAAGACUUCUCUUUAUUGGGGUCCAAGUGUGGGUUACUUUUUAUUUGAAUACUUGGGAAUCUGUGGAGGCUCCUAAUUUUAAAAUGUGUGGAUUUCACUAUUCUGGAAUAUUCUCAUAUAUUUUGUUUUCAAAUAUUGCCAGUUCUGGAGCUCCAGUGAAAUGUAUGUCGGGCCUUCUAACUAUCCUCUGUAUCUCUUAAUUUUGUAUAUUUUCCCUAAUGUACUCAUUUCAUUUUGGGGGAACUAAUGAAAAUGGUAUUUUUAAUUUCAGAUUUAGUUGUUCAUUGCUAGUAUAUAGGAAUACAAUUGCAAUUGACUUUUGCAUAAAACCUUGAAUCCUGCAACCUUACUGUAAUUGCUAAUUAGUUCCAGGAUUUUCUUUUGUCAGUUGUUUUUGAAUUUUCUACAUAGACAAUCAUGUCACCUGUAAACAAAGACAGUUUAUUUUCUUCCUCCCCAAUCUAUAUACCUUCUAUUUCCUUUUCUUAUUAAGUUAGCUAGGAUUUCCAGUAGGAUAUGUUGAAAAGCAGUGGUGAGAGGGCACAUCCUUAUCUUGUUCCUGACCUUAGCAGGAAAGCUUCUAGUUUUUCACCAUUAAGUAAAAGGUUAGCUGUAGGUUUUUUGUAGAUGUUCUUUAGCAAGUUGAGAAAAUUCCCCUCUAUUCCUAGUUUGUGCAGACUGUUUAUCAUGAAUGGCUGUUGAAUUUUGUCAAAUGCUUUUUUCUGCAUCUAUUGAUAUGACCACAUGAUUUUGGUAUAGUUGAUUUUCUCUAUUGAUUUCCUGUUUUCAAUUUCAUUGAUUUCUGCUUUAAUUUUCAAUUCUUUACUUCCGCUUAAUUUGGAUUUAAUUUACUAUUCUUUUUCUAACUUCUCAAGGAGGAAGAUUAGAUUAUUGGUUUUAGGUCAUUCUUCUUUUCUACUCUGUGCAUUCAGUGUUAUAAAUUUCUCUUUAAGCACUUCAUCCUACAGAUUUUGAUAAGUUGUAUUUUCAUUUUCAUUAAAUACUAUUUCAUUCCUCUUGAGAUUCCUUCGACUCCUAUGUUAUUUCGAAGUGUGUUGUUUAAUCCCCAAGUCUUUGGAGAUUUUCCAAGUAUCUUUCUGCUAUUAAUUUCUGCAUUUAAUUCCAUCAUGACCUGAGAGCAGACAUUGUAUGAUUUAUAUUCUUUUGAAUUUGUUGGGGUGCCUGGGUGGCUCAGUUGAUUGAAUGUCUGACUUCGGCUUCGAUUGUGAUCCCAGGGUCCUGGGAUCAAGUCCCAUGUCGGGCUCCCUGCUCAAUGGGAAGUCUGCUUCUCCCUCUCCCUCUGCCUGCCACUCCCCCUACUUGUGCUCUCUCUCUCUCUCUGCCAAAUAAAUAAAUAAAAUCUUAAAAUAAUUAAUUAAUUAAUUUAAAUUUGUUAAGGUGUGUUUUAUGGCCCAAAAUAUGGUCUGUCUUGGUGAAUGUUUCAUGUAAGCUUGAGAAGAAUGUGUAUUCUGCUGUUAUGAGAUAAAAUAACCAGUAGAUGUUAAUUAUAUCCAGUUGAUUGAUGGUGCUGAUGAGUUCAACUGUGUCCUUACUAAUUUUCUGCCUGCUGCAUCGGUCCAUUUCUGACGUAAGGUUGUUGAAUCUACUAGUUUUUGAAUCAUGUGUUUUGACACUCUGUUGUUAGGCACAUACACAUUAAAGAGUGUUACGUUUUCUUGAAGAAUAAACCCUUUUAUCAUUCUGUAAUGCACUUAUUUAUCCCUGAUACUUUUCCUUGCUCUGAAAUUAAUAUAGCUAUUUCAACUUUCUUUUGUUUAUGUUAGCUUGGUAUAUCUUUUUUCCAUCCUUUUAAUUUUAACCUAUAUGUGCUCUUGUAUUUAAAGUGGAUUUCUUGGGGGUGCCUGGGUGGCUCAGUCAUUUAGCAUCUGCCUUCAGCUCAGGUCAUGAUCCCAGGGUCCUGGGAUCGAGCCCCGCAUCGGGCUCUCUGCUCAGCGGGAAGCCUGCUUCUCCCUUUCCCACUCCCCCUGUUUGUGUUCCCUCUCUGUCAAAAAAUAAAUAAAAAUCUUUAAAAUAAAAAAAAUAAAGUGGAUUUCUUGUAGCCAGAA